AUGAUUAUGAGUCAAGAGAAUAAUAACAUUAAUAGUAAUAAUCAAAAUGUAGUAGGAGGUGCAGGAGAAGGUGGAGAAGUAGCAGAAGGAGGAGGAGAAGAAGAAGUUGUUAAUAAAGUAGAUAAUAAUUCACCUUCAACUAUGAUUACUACUACAACAAAUACAUCACCAUCAUCAUCAUCUGAUACUACUACUACUACUACUAUUCAACCUCAACCUCAACAACAACAAACUAAAUUUACAUGUACAAUAACAAAUUACUCUACCAAAGAUACACCAUUCUAUACAACAUCUGAAACCGUAUGGGGUUUAACAUGGAGAGUAUAUAUAUUCCCAAAAGGGAAUACAUCACAAGAUGAUUUAUCACUGUUUCUAGACAUGGCAGAGAUUAAGCAACCAAACUUUUUAUGUCAAAAAGUAAACUUUGUAAUGGAGAUUUGCAACCAAAAGAAUCCAGAAGCUAGUAUUAAAAAGAUAUCGGAACACAUCUUUACACCAAAGAGCUCCGAUUGGGGUUUCAACAAGUUUAUGAGAUUGGCCGAUCUAAAUAAUCCAAACAAUGGAUUCAUCAAAGAUGAUACUCUUAUCAUUACUGUUCAAAUUUAUAAUGUUAUUCCUGAAUCAAAUACUCAUAGAGGUGUUUUUUCAUAUAAUUCAAAAAAAUUGACAGGAUUUGUUGGAUUAAAGAAUCAAGGAGCAACAUGUUAUAUGAAUUCAUUAUUACAAGCAUUAUAUCAAAUAUCACCAUUUAGAAAAGCUGUUUAUGAAUUACCUACCUCUUCUUCUUCUUCUAAUAAUAAUCAAAAUAAUAAUCAAAAUGAUCAAACUGAAAUUACAAUUCCAUUGGCAUUACAAAGAUUAUUUUACAAGAUGCAAUUUGGAACCAAUACAGUAUCGACCAAAGAAUUGACAAAAAGUUUUGGAUGGGGAACACAUGAUAUUUUUACACAACAUGACGUUCAAGAAUUGAAUCGUGUACUUUGCGAUAAUUUAAAUGAUAAGAUGAAAAGUACAAAAGCUGAAGGAACUAUAGAUAAAUUAUUUAGAGGAAAAAUUAAGAAUUUUAUUAAAUGUGAAAAGGUUAAAUAUGAAUCAACAAGAGAAGAAUUUUUUUAUGAUUUAUCAUUAAAUGUUAAAGGAUGUUCAAAUAUACUUGCAUCAUUUGGCAAGUAUACAGAGAUUGAAAGAUUAGAUGGAUCAAAUCAAUAUGAUGCAGAAGGAUUUGGUUUACAAGAUGCAAACAAGGGUCUUAGAUUUCUUUCUUUUCCACCAGUACUUCAUCUUCAAUUAAAACGUUUUGAAUAUGAUCCACAUCGUGAUUCAAAUGUUAAAGUCAAUGAUAAAUAUACUUUUCCAGAUAAAUUGGAUUUAUCACCUUAUUUGGAUGAAGGUUCUGAUAAAUCAAUUUCUUCAAUUUAUCGUCUUCAAGGAGUAUUAAUUCAUUCAGGAGAUAUACAUAAUGGACAUUAUUAUGCAUUUAUUAGACCAAGUAAAACAGGAGAUUGGUUAAAAUUUGAUGAUGAAGAUGUAUCUAAAUGUUCAUUUUCACAAGUUUGUGAUGAAUCAUUUGGAUCCGAGGUGGAAGGUCAAGUUUCAAGAUUCCCAUCACUUAGGAAUUUUACCAAUGCCUACAUGUUGAUUUAUCUAAGAGAAAAGGAAAUGGAUGAAUUGUUAAAACCAAUACCAGAUUGUGAAAUACCCGAACAUUUAAAAGAAAGAUUGGAAAAUGAAGAAAAACGUGUCAAUACUCGUUUCCUACCUCUAAAGAUUUCAACAGAUGAAGAUUUUGUAAAUUCUCAUUCAUUUGAUUUGGUUGAUUUUUCAAAAAUCUCUUUUCAAAAUAUUCCAAUUAAAACUACUGAAACUAUGAAUAUUUCUUAUUUAAAGAAACAAUUAACAACAAUAUUUGGAGUACCACCAGAAAGACAAAGAUUAUGGAUUUGGGCAAUACGUAAAAACAAAUCAUAUAGAAUUGAUUCAAGACCAGAAUCUGAUGAAACUAGUCUUGAUGAAUUACGUAGUAAAUGUAAAAAUGAUAUUAAAUUACAUUUGGAAAUUUCCUAUAUCCCAAGACCUUUAAAUGGAAAUGAAUACUUUCAAAAUAUUGGAACAAAAGAACCAAAAGAAUAUGCAUUGGUAUUUUUAAAAUUUUAUGAUCCACAAACCAAAAGUUUAAGUUUUGUUGGAUCAAAAGUGAUUGAUAUUCAUUCUCGCGUUUCACUUUUAAUGCCUCUUUUAUGUCAAUUGGCACGUUUACCAUCUAAUCAACAAUUAUUAUUAUUUGAAGAAAUUUCAGAACAACAAAUUGAACCAAUCAAACCAAAUGAAACUUUUAAAAAGGUUGAAAUUGGUAAUGGUGAUAUUAUUGUUUUUCAAAAACCAAUUUCUAUUAUUGAAAAUUAUUUAUAUCCAACAGCAAUACAAUAUUUUUCAUAUAUACAUCAUAGAAUUAUAGUACAUUUUAAACAAAUUGAAAAUAAUAAUAUUUGUGGAGAUGUGUUUACGUUGGAACUGUCAAAAGAAACCAAAUAUUCACAAAUCACCAAAGCAAUUGGACAAUAUAUUCAAGUAGAUUCAAAUAAUAUUAGAUUAAUGACAAUACCAAGACUCUCUGGACACGAUCUCUAUAAUCCAAUCAAACCAAAUGAUAAUAUUCCAUUAUCUGAUAUUUUAAAUUCAACAGUCAAUAAUUAUUCUUAUAGUUUUAGUAUUAAUAAUAAUAUGAAUAAUAUGAAUAUCAACAACAAUAAUCAAAAUCAAAAUCAAAAUAAUAGUUUGGAUCAAUUAUUUUUUGAAGUUUUAUCAAUUCCAGUUAGUGAAUGCGAGAAUAAUAGAAACUUUAGAAUUACAUGGAAGAAUCCUUUUACAGGAUCACACGAAAAGGUAUCGAUUUGGGUAAAAAGAGAUGGUACUAUUGGAGACUUGAAAACAAAUUUUGUAAAUAUUGUAGAUAAACAAAUAGAAAGACAAUCUGAACAACGACACUCUUUGGAAAAGGAUAAAGAUAAAAUGAUGAUUGUACCAAAAUCAUUAGACAUUAACAAGAUCAAACUGUUAGAAGUUCGUUAUCACAAGAUUGAUAAAGAACUGUCAAAUGAAAUGGCACUUGGUCAUAUUAUGGAUAGUAACACUCUCAAGAUGGAAUUGAUGAUUGGACCAGACUCGGUUCCCAAGCCGACUGGUGAAACUUUGGUACAAGUGGUUCAUUUUAACAAUGACUCUGGUAUGAUUAGUUAUUAUGGUAUUCCAUUCCUUUUUGUUGUAAGGGCUGGUGAUACAGUCCCUACUGUUCGAUCUCGUAUCUACCAAUCUCAUCUCUACAAUGAAGUCAGUCAAAAUGAAUUUCAACGUUGGAAAUUGGCAGUUAUUACAAACGAUAAACAAGUAGAAUUCCUUCAAGACGAUGUUUCUUUUAAAGAUGGAAGUUGGGGAAAUUCAAUCCUAGGUCUUCAUCAUCCUUCACUUCCAGUUCAAAAAGCAAUUAAAAUUAAUAAAUAA